AUGUCUGCUCAGGACACCAGACCAUUGACCUCACUCCCAAGCCUCAUCAUGACCACGAUACCAUUUGUCUUUCUCUGGAGCACAUUGAAAGCCUAUGUCGCGAACAACGGGCCCUUCACUUUCGCCCGACCGGUGACCCGUCUCAACAACCAGGUCUACGCUUUGUUCUCGCUGGCACUCGCCUUAUUGAUCCUCAACGACGUCGUCCAAUUCCAAAACCUCCAGCAGGUCAGGACCGCAGACCUCGCGUACACUUAUCACCUAUCCAAGUUCUACGAGUACAUUGACGUCUUCAACCUGUCCGCGGCGGGCAGUCCGAUCAACCACCACAUGGCGUUUCACCACAUCACGACACCCCUUCUGACUCACUUCCGCGUCUUGAAUGCCUCAGACUGGCAACCUUUCGCCUUUCUCAACUGCUUCCACCACUUCUGGAUGUACGGCUACUUUGGCGGCGUGUCUUCGUUCCGGCCCGUCAUGCGCGUCACCGGUUGGGUGCAGCUGGCCGUGGGCAUUGGACUCGACCUUCACUACUUUGUUACUCAAGGCGCAGAUGCUCCCGAGGCUAAGAGCCGCGCGAUCAGCUUUGUGCUCAUGAGCCGGUACGCGAUGCUACACUAUGCAGAAAUAAAGGAGAGAAAUGCGCAAAAGGCGGACAGUGCAGAAAAGAAAGGCGAGAAACCAGAUUAG